AUGUUAAAUUCUGAGAUAUUCAUUCCUUCAUCACCUUCUUUAGUUCUCUCUUCCUUUUCUGUAUCUCUUAUCAAAUUUCUAGCUAUGACAGUUUCUCAAACCAUGUCGGUUGAAAAAUUGGCAAGAAAGUUUCAAUCGUAUCUACAUAAUGCACUAGCUUUCAUAGUUUUUCUUUUCUUGGACUUUGUUGAUGCAGUUCUCUGUGUAGUUUACAAAUGUCUUGACAUGUUUCUCGAAGGAAAAUCCUCUCCGUGCCAUUGCAGAAACAAAGAUUCAUCAAUUAUAGAUGAAGAAGAUGACGGGCAAUCGGAUUCUUUUUACGGAAGGAACAACGCUUUCCGCAAAUUGGUUUCUUUUGUAUUUCAAAGAAAAUGGAAAAAUAUAAGCAAAAAAGCUGAAAAUUUUGGCAAUGGUGAAGUGAAAAAUAAGUGGUCUGAUUGCAAUUGCGAGUCUUGUCUUUCUUGGUUGAAAGAUGGUGGCGAAAGGCUUCAUGUUGUCGUUAAAGAACCUUCACCAGUAAGAAAUGACAAGAUCGGAGAAGAUGAAAAUGUGAUAUUCGUACAUGGCUUCUUAUGUUCUUCUUCAUUCUGGACAGAAUCAGUAUUUAAAAAUCUGUCGGAAACUGCGAAUCGGACUUAUAGAUUGUUUGCUAUUGAUCUUCUGGGACUAGGGAAAAGCCCUAAGCCAUUGGAUUGUCAAUACACUUUGAAGGAUCACUUGGAAAUGAUAGAAAAAUCAGUGAUUAAUCCAUAUAAUUUGAAAUCUUUCCAUUUGGUGGCACAUUCUAUGGGAUGCCCAAUAGCUUUAGCUCUGGCUGCAAAGUAUCCCAAAUCCGUAAAAUCACUCACCCUCGUUGCACCGGCUAUAUUCUCUUGCGGCAAAGACGAAGGCGGCGUAGAAGUACUUAACAAACUGGCCGAGAAGAAAUUGUGGCCAGUUGAAUCAUUUCAGAGAUCAGUUAUGUCAUGGUACGAACACAUAGGAAGAAGUGUCUGUUUUUUUGUCUGUCGACACCACAGAACAUGGGAGAGCCUCCUCAUGCUACUCACCAACAAUAGGAAAUUGAGUUUUGCUGUAAAAGACUUGACCAAGCACACACACCAUUCUUCUUGGCAUAAUGUGCACAAUGUGAUAUGUGGAGGAGCAAAAUUCAUGGACGGAUACCUAGAAAUUUUGAAGAAUGCCGGAGUUAAAUUUAACAUUGUCCACGGUGACCGUGACAACACGAUUCCGACGGAGUGCAGUUAUGAUAUCAAGAGAAAAGUUGGCAAUGCAGAGCUGAGUAUCAUACGUAAUGGCACCCAUAGUUCUGUGAUCUUUCGUAGAAAGAAAGAUUUCACACAGAAUUUGGAGCAUUUUUGGGCAUCAACUCUUUCAGAAAACUCUUCUCUUUGAUAUUAUUACCUUUAUUUUAAGUAGUUGGGGAUGUCAAAUUACUAAUUGUAAUACAUACAAGUCGCGAUUACAAUUCUUUUAAA